AUGGAGCUGCAAUAUCUCGUGCACUUUAAUCGCACGCUGUGCGUUCGUCUUACCUCAAGCGCAGCAACAGUAUCGAGAAUCACAUCCAUCAUCCAGCAGCAAGAAUGUGUUCCAUCUUCUCUUCUCGAUCUUUACGUGAAUGGCCGCAAAUUGAAUUUAUCGAGCCAAAUUCCAUCGUUUCCAACUAUCAUUCGUGCUCGACUACGCGGUGGUCUUCGUGGUGGCAAAGGCGGAUUUGGCGCUAUGCUUCGUAUUAUGGGAAAAGCUUCAGGCUCUAGAGCUACAACUGAUUUUGGUGCUUGUCGAGAUCUGCAUGGUCGCCGUUUGCGCCAUGUGAACCAAGAAGUAGCGAUGCACAAAUGGCAUCAAGACGCAGAAUCUCGUAAUAAGCGAAAAGCUGCCGAUGAAGAUCGAGAAAUAAUAGAAGAAGAAACACCAAGCGGUAUUCCCGGAUGGUACCUGGCGACGCCGUCAUGGGCAGAAGGUAUCAAGAAAUCAUACAUGAAAACACGACGUAAUACGAUUUUGUGUAAGAGCUGGUUAAAAGCUAGAGAAGGUGGACGAAGUCCUCCAAUAGGAGCACCACGAUGGUGGGGGUGUCCACGUGGUCGGGAUUGCACAUUUGCUCAUGGUGAGGAGGAGCUUCGGGGUAAAGCAUUAACCGAAUUGAAGCGCGUGAAGAGAGAUGAAGCUCAGAGAGUUAAGCAACAACAAUUACAAGAGUAUGUUGAUUUUGAACAGGAAUUGCCAGAUGAUGUGCUUGAUGCAAUACGGAAUGGAUUACGGCGUAAGAAGAAGGCUGAUGUGACAAUUGAGCAGCUGCAACUAGAUGCACGUAUAUUGCCGCCUGAUGCAACGACGUACGCUCGUGUACGCUCGGUAAAUCCCUUACCAGUUGUUGAAAAGUGGUUGCAAUCAGUUGAAGAGGAGAUCGCGAUCGCAAGUGUGGCGACAACAUUUAAGCACGGAUUGUGUGAAUUACGUGGUCGUGGCAACUUUGUUACAGCUUCAUCACGUCAUUGUUGCGCUUUGACGAAGGGAAAAUGGUAUUAUGAAGUACGUCUCGUAACAGCUGGUAUCGUACAAAUAGGUUGGGCAGAUUCGACAUUUGUGGCAAGCUCAGCAACGGGUGAUGGUGUGGGGGACCACGAUCGGUCUUGGGCGUAUGAUGGAGCUCGUCAAGUGAAAUGGAACGGUGGAAAGAACGAACCAUACGCUACAGAUGAAGUAUGGAGUAGAAAUGAUGUUAUUGGCUGCUUGCUGGACCUUGAUGAAGGCACAGUCUCGUUUUCUCGAAAUGGUUUAGAUCUUGGUGUAGCUUAUCGCAAUGUUAAACCAUUAGCAAGUGAUCAAGGAUUCUAUCCGGCAAUAAGUGUCGAGCAGACAGAGAUUUUGCUCGUGAAUAUUGGUUCUCAACCAUUCUUACAUCAGGCGUCACACUUUAAACCCGUCAUCGACGCGCUGGAACCAGUUCGGCUUGCAGAUGAAGCAGUUGAUACGAGUUUUGUUAAGGAUCCUGGUAAUUGCGCUGGUAUCGGCGAAACGGAUCACUCAGCCACAGUUUCUACGGAGAAUCAACACGAAGAGAGCUUUAUGGGGAAAAACGAAACUAAAAUAUCUGAGAAAGAGGUAAACUUCACUCAUCCUCCUAUCGAUCUAAUGGAAUUUGAGACAAUCGAGUCUUUUGAGGCACUGGGCUUAGAAAGAUUGAAAGUCGAGCUGAGUCGACGUGGAUUGAAAUGCGGUGGCAAUUUGACGGAGCGUGCGGCUCGUCUUUUUAGCGUUCGAGGAAAAGCUUGGGAUGACAUUGAUGCGAAAAUGAAAGUAAAGAAAAAUAUAUGA